UGUUUAUUAUUUGACUAACAUUUUCAUCUUCUGUUUCACACAGAUAAUCCACUUUCACAAUGGCUCGCGAAGAUGCUGUUUACCUGGCCAAGCUCGCCGAGCAGGCUGAGCGCUACGAAGAGAUGGUCGAGAACAUGAAGGAGGUUGCCUCCACUGAUGUAGAGCUCACCGUCGAGGAGCGCAAUCUCCUCUCUGUCGCCUACAAGAACGUCAUUGGUGCCCGUCGUGCGUCCUGGAGAAUCGUCACCUCCAUCGAGCAAAAAGAGGAGUCCAAGGGCAACGGUCCCCAGGUUACCCUUAUCAAGGAGUACCGCCAGAAGAUCGAGACCGAGCUCGCCAAGAUUUGCGAUGACAUCCUUGAGGUUCUCGACCAGCACUUGAUUCCCUCUGCCCAGAGCGGCGAGUCCAAGGUCUUCUACCACAAGAUGAAGGGUGACUACCACCGUUACCUUGCUGAGUUCGCCAUUGGCGACCGCCGCAAGGGCGCUGCCGAUGCCUCCCUCGAGGCCUACAAGAACGCUACUGAGGUCGCUCAAACCGACUUGGCUCCUACUCACCCCAUCCGUCUCGGUCUCGCCCUGAACUUCUCCGUCUUCUACUACGAGAUCCUCAACUCUCCUGACCAGGCCUGCCACCUGGCCAAGCUUGCCUUCGAUGAUGCUAUUGCCGAGCUUGACACCUUGAGCGAGGAGAGCUACAAGGACUCCACCCUGAUCAUGCAGCUUCUCAGAGACAACUUGACGCUCUGGACCUCGUCGGAGGCCGAGACGGCUGCUCCUGAGUCCAGCGCUCCUGCCGACAAGGAGGAGGCUGCUCCUGCCGAGGAGAAGCCCGCUGCCGAGUAAAUUAGUAGAGAUAACGAUGGACUCGCGUCCGGGUUUGCAGAUGAACUCGGACAACAUACGGCGUGGGUUACGGGUGCGCAAGGGCUGCGGGGGCAAAAUUAGAAAAGGGGAUCGGCGCUGCACGCUUGUCAUUAUGCCCGAUGACUUUGCAUGGUCUUGAACUGUCACUGGCAAAGGGCAGAAGUCAAAAAGCUGGUCUGCGCUGUGGGGGUGUUCUGUGCCUUUGCUUUCCGCUUUCCGUUCAUGCGAUCCUUGCUAUGCUCUGCCACCCACCACAUUGCCCAUGUUUUCCCCUCCGGGUUCACCUGUGGAUCUUCGAUUCCUGUUCUAUUUUUUCCUUUACAUUUUCUCGUUGAUUUCUUUAUCUUUUUUUUCUACUUCCUUGCCUAUUGCCGCAAUUCCCCCCUGGAAAGAAUACCUCUCUCUUGUUACCUACCCACCCUCAUACAACAACAAACACAAUUGUCAAGAACGACCCUCUCGCGUGGGCAUUGACCUC